CAGGCGCAUGCUUCCCCAGAAUUAUUGAUAUACCGCUGUUCCCCCGCCCGCAGUUUAGUUCUGAAGAUGUAGAUUGCCAGUCAUGUCGUUCAGGUAUACUUCGCGGAUUUUACGGUUACAGAGGCUUUCGGGCUUGCAGGGACGGUUUGAUGGGUCAAGAAGCGUUGUCGGUCCGCCAUUGCAGUCAUGUAGGAGUGUUGCUUCUACGCCUACGGCUGAGAGGGUGUUGUUUCCUGGUGCGCUGAACAGCGAGUUCACGAAUACCAUGGAGUUUAUGCAACCAGCUCAGGCCCCGGCGAUAUCCACGUACCGUGUCAUGAACCAGUAUGGAGAGAUCAUAGACAAGGAGAUUGGCGUAGAGACUACAGAUGAGGAGGCUCUGUCGUUGUACAAGAAUAUGGUCAAGCUGAGCAUAAUGGAUCUAUUGAUGUUUGAAGCGCAACGGCAAGGAAGACUAUCGUUCUACAUGGUCUCCGCCGGCGAAGAAGGCAUAGCCAUCGGCUCCGCCAGCGCCCUCUCUCCCGCCGACGUGAUCUUCUGCCAAUACCGUGAAUCAGGCGUCUACCUGCAACGCGGCUUCACCCUCUCCUCCUUCAUGAACCAGCUCUUCGCCAACGCAAAAGACAACGGUCUAGGCCGCAACAUGCCCGUCCACUACGGCAGCAAAGAGCUCAACAUCCACACCAUCAGCUCAACCCUCGCCACGCAAAUCCCCCACGCAGCAGGCGCCGCCUACGCCCUCAAGAUGCAGAAUGUGCAGAACCCUGAAACAGAGCCACGGGUCGCGGUAUGUUACUUCGGUGAAGGCGCAGCCAGCGAAGGAGACUUCCACGCUGCCCUCAAUAUCGCUGCGACCAGACAAGUCCCUUGCAUCUUCAUCUGCCGCAACAACGGAUACGCCAUCUCCACCCCAACAUCAGACCAAUACCGGGGGGACGGCAUCGCAUCUCGUGGUGCAGGCUACGGCAUCGCUACUCUCCGCGUAGACGGCAACGACAUCUUCGCCGUCCGGCGCGCCACAGCCGAAGCGCGGCGCCUCGCUCUCCACGAUGGCGGGCGCCCCGUCCUCAUAGAAAUGAUGGCAUACCGCGUAGGCCACCACAGCACCUCCGACGACUCCUUCGCGUACCGCCAACGCGUCGAAGUCGAAGACUGGAAGCGCCGCGAUAACCCCAUCACCCGGCUUAGAAAGUGGCUUGAAGGGCGGUCACUGUGGGAUGAUGCCAAGGAGAAAGAGUUGAGGUCAAAAACGAGGAAAGAGGUGUUGGGGGCGUUCGAACAGGCGGAGAAGGAGAAGAAACCUAGUAUCCAGAAUGCGUUUGAGGGGGUUUGGGAAGAAUUGACGAUGGAGCAGAGGGAGCAUGUGAAAGAGUUGAGGGAUGUGCUCGUGAGGUAUCCGAAGGAGUAUGAUCUUGAUGGGUUUGAGGGGGGAUUGAAGGGUUUGGAUGAUUUGUUGGAGGGGAAGAGGGAGAAGUAGAGAGUACCUCUGCUUGGAUGUAAUACUACUGCAUCGCCGGUCCCUAUCCUGAAGCUACGAGAACAAACACGCGGCUAAUGUACACAUGAUCAAGUUUUUCCUGCUCAUCUUGUCUCCUCAACCACCGUAUUACUACCCAACUGUCUCUCGUUCCAUAGAUGAAGAUAGGUGACUGGCAACGGCGUCCAAAUCCCGCGUCAUAGUACUCACUUCUACAACCCCAUACUUAACCCAUGUCAUCACAUUGCACCACCGCACCACCGCACCACCGUUCCACAAAGAAACCAUCAGGGUACCUAAGCACGCGAAGCGGCCGACGGCGGGUAACUACAGGUCCUUGCCAGUCUUGUCCAACGUGUCAAAAGCUGUGGAAGGUGGUAUAUACGCACGUCACAUUCAUUCAGUGUAGUG